GCAACUUGUUGCAGCGCUGGAAUGUGCCCGUAGAACUGCAGAGGAGCAGACAAGUGGCUAGCUCUGGUGUGCCCGGGGGCAAAGGCGAUAGUUCUGUUUUUGUCCUUAUUGUGGGCUUGUCAACCUUAGGAGCGGGUGCCUAUUUGUACAGAACUUUGAGAGAAAACAAAGAGCGAUUCACCAGCCGCGUCACGACGAUAACUACGCGAUCUCAAGAAAGUGAAUCGUCCCCUUCCGGUACCAGAAGCCGCUUCUCGGGGCGCAGCAGAUCCAUUCGGGCUCGUGACCCCGGUGCCCGGGUGCUGAUCGUGUCUGAAGAUCCUGCCCUGCCCUACAUGCGCCCGCCUCUUUCCAAAGAGCUGUGGUUUUCAGACGACGCGGACGUGACGGAGACUCUGCGGUUCAAGCAGUGGAACGGCAAGGAGAGGAGUAUAUAUUUCCAGCCGCCGUCCUUCUACGUGCCCGUUCGGGAUCUGCCUUUUGUAGAAAAUGGUGGAGUGGCCGUUCUCUGCGGCAAGAAG